UACAACCACAACAACAACAACGUCGACAGCAACAGUGAAACUAACUAAGCAAGUCUGUAACGAUGGCCCACUUAUCUCAAGCAGAGAAGACCCUGUACGCUGACUUCUUCCUGAGAAUGGAAGCCGAGCUGGGGAAUGGAGACGCCGCCCUGAGUAUAGCGGAGUUUGAGAAGCUGCUGCAGUCGCUGGGAUUCAGAUUCACCAAAGAACAAGUAGCGGCUGAGUUUAUAAAAACUGAUACAGAUGAAAACUGGAAGAUCACUCUUGAAGAGUUCUUGGCUACAAUGCCAAAUGUGGCACCCCCAGGCUCUCCCCAGGCCAUGGCAGCGAACAUUCGAAGGAGGUUUGACGAGAACGACUUAAACAAAGACGGCUUUAUUACAUUUGAUGAACUGAAGCAGGUGCUCGCUGACGCCAACCAUGACAAAACCGAGGAGGAACUGAAGACAUUCGUUAAGGACUUCAUAAAGAAUUGGGACGCUGACGGAGAUGGCAAAAUCGAUUUUGAGGAGUUUCUGGAGAUGUACGUGGAGACCGAAUUGUGUGAUGACAGUGAUUGUAGUGAUGAUAACGAUGAAGAGAACGAAGGAGAGAAGGACAGUGUGACGAUGCAGUGUAACCCCGUCUUCAUCCCUCCAAAAUGAUUUAUAGGGCACAGUUUAUAAUUGUUCCUGGGUUUUUUUUUUCAAAAGUGUGUGUAUUUGAGACUCUGAAGCUUUGUGACAUAUUCCAUCAUGGUUACUAGUCCACAAACAUUGUUUAGGUAAAAAGAAAAGUGGACGGCGAAUCGGAACUUAUUAAGUCAACAGCACUUUUUAAUAAAACACCGAAGGUGAUCAAACGUCCUUAUUGCAUUUCUGUGUAAAUAAUAGAUUAAUGAAAUGUAUGUGCGCUAUGUU